AAAACGGUUCGCUCAAUCCUUAUAUUCCUCCUCGACACUGGACAUUCCCUCAUAGUCACAGCCCACCAGAAUUGAACGCCAUUUAAAUCAAAACGUGCUGCCAACGCCAUUUCUUCAGAAUCCCAUCCAAUCCGAUCAUCCGACGGACCGUGCGAGAACCGGACGACCCAACGCUACUGUUAACUGUUAAGCAAGUGUGGUACUUAAUAUUUCAUAUGAUGCGGUUAUGGCUUUCUUAUCCUCUUGAAUUGGCCCAAGUCUGUCAAGUUAGCUUACCAGCUGAACAAGAAGGUCACGAGACAAAGAAGCUUGUAUCUGAUAUUGGUGGUAUUAGUAUAAAAGAUGAAUUCUCUGAUGGCAACAAUAAUGGUCAGAAUGACUGUCUUCUAUGGAAUGAAAAUACCAGCUCUAAGAAGCAGGGUGAAAUUGGUUCUUUGUCUUUCAAUGUUAUUGAUACACCCUCUCUGGAACAGUCAACUGAGUUUUCAAGACUAGUAGUAGCAUCAGGAGAUGCUGGAGGUUCCACUAAAAAAGUUCAGGAGGAGAUUGUUGCAAGGAAGCCAGCACCUCGAGCCAAGGUCCCUUUUGAGAAAGGACAUAGCCAAAUGGACUGGUUUAAGCUGACUCAAACACAUCCAGACCUUGCAGGAUUAAAUGGACGGUCAAAUAAGAGGCUUAUUUCUAUGGAUGAAGUUAGACAACAUCAGGAAGAAGGUUCCAUGUGGACUGCUUUGAAGGGUCGUGUGUACAAUAUAUCUCCAUACAUGAGAUUUCAUCCUGGAGGUGUUGAUAUGCUGAUGAAGGCAGUGGGAAAAGACAGUACAUCCAUGUUUAAUAAACACCAUGCUUGGGUGAAUGCUGAAUUUUUACUGGAGAAGUGCCUUGUGGGUACACUAGAUAACAGUGAGUAAAGGACAGCAAGAACGGAGGGAUUAACAAGUGGUGCUAAGUCUCAUUCACCAUUGUACCAGCGGAUUGGCAAAGUAUUCCUCUUAUAUUUAAUUGUAUGAGAUUAAUGUGACUUUAUGGUACGGGUUAGUUCAUCAUACCAUUUGGAAAUAACUUUUUAACUCUUUUUAUGAAAAAAAUAUACCGAGUUGGGUUCUACCCUUAUCGAAUA